GUCAUCGUGGAUUCCUUUUAUUCAUGUGAAUCAGAGCCAAAUAAAUCAAGCAGGUUCGGGAGAGCCACCAGUCCAGUGUCCCGCUGAUGGACACUGACUGGCGCUGCUCUGGCUCGGAGAGUUGCAUCCUGUCUGAUGCACCAUGGCGAUUCAAAUCCCGAUACAAAAGGGAACCCUCCUCGCCCCUCACUUGGCAGUGCAGGAGCUUCUGGGAGAGGGGACGUUCGGGGUGGUGGUCAAGUGUCUAGACCUGCUCAACAAAGAGUCAGUGGCAGUGAAGAUAGUAAAGAGCGGACACAGUUACACCCAGAUGGUGUCAAAGGAGAUUAAAAUUCUCCAGCAGUUGCUGACUCUGGACUCAGACAGCUGCAGCCUGGUGAGAUGGUUCGGAUGGUUUCCCUAUCAGUCACUCAUCUGUCUGCAGUUUGAGCUUCUGGACCAGAGUCUCUUCGACUUCAUGAGGAAGAGGAACUUUCAGCCGCUGUUGUUGGCCGAGGUCCGCCAUGUUUUACACCAGAUGACCACAGCACUACUUCACCUGCAGUCACUGAAAAUCAUUCACAACGACAUCAAGCCGCACAACAUCAUGGUGGUGAACCAAAACCAGAGACCCCUACAGGUCAAGCUCAUCGACUUUGGCCUGGCCUGUCAUGUGGUGGACGCCGUGUCUGGGACAAACGUUCAGUCCUUGUGGUACAGGGCACCAGAGGUCGUGCUACGAAUGACAUUUUCAGAGUCAGUGGACAUGUGGUCUCUGGGCCUGGUCGUCUUUGAGAUUGCGAUGGGAUUCCCACUUCUACCUGCCCGUCAUGAGUACGACUUGAUGAAGUUCAUCGUGGAGACGCUGGGCCCACCUUCUGUCAAGCAACUUGGGUGUGGUCAGAGGAGCCGGUACUUCUUUGACUUUGUUGAAGGCAGCCAGAAUAUCUGGACUCUCAAGACUCCGAAGAAGUUUGCGUCAGAAACUGGUCACUGCUAUGUGGACAGCAGGUACGCCUCCUUCAGGUCACUGGAGGAAGCGAUGGUGAGCAGGAUUUGGCAAACAGGCGACACCGAUGUGAACAAAGCACGCUGCUUUGUGCACCUGGUUCAGAGCAUGCUGCGGGUGGACCAACAGGCCCGCGCUGUUCCUCUGAAGGUGCUGCGACACCCCUUCCUCACAGAGAAGCCUGUUGGUCCGCCUGCCUCUGAGGGAGCAAGAGACGGCAUUAUCGCCGACAACUGCAGACAGACGAUACACCAGCCUGCAGGUGUUGUGUAUUUUUGCACUCAUGCUUCAUGCAAGGCUCCACUGAUGCACCAGCCGACCUACUUGGUGACACAUCAGCACAUCAACCCACACACCAACCGACCUACCGGCCUUCCACCCAUCCACGUGCAUCCCAACUUCACGUCCAGAACAGUGAGAUGCGUGCCGAUCUACCAGCAGGCCCAGGUACUGAACUAUCUCCCCCGCUGACCAACCAGGACCUCCCAGCUCCAAGCUGAGUCAGCAGAAAAACAUCUGUGACGUCCAGAUUGGUCUCACCUUGUCAGACUGACAGUUCGAUAGAGCCUGAGUCUUGUUGACGAUCCAGUAUUAAACAGCUCAAAAGACCUAGAAAGACCCAUAAGCUGCACUCGGCAAACCGUGGAAACAAAUAAUAGUAAUGUGGAUCCAACAAUUUCCACACUGUGGCUCAAUAAAUAUCAUGAUCAAAAGAAAAAAAGUGAUUUUAUCGCAUCUAAAACUGAGUCGACUCAUCAUACAGUGACACACCUCAACCCCCACCCCAUCACUCAUUUAUUUCUGGACCACAAUUAUGCACAAAAAUAUGUCAUCAGAUAUACAGACGUUAAGUUGUGCCAUAUAAGUAGCCACAAUUGUCAUUCUAGUGUUGAUGUUUUAAAAUAAAAAAAAUCAAGCUAUGAAAUAACCUCCAUUUUGUUAUGUCGCAUGAACUGGAAAAUCUGGACAAAACUGCCAAACCUGGAUUGAGAGGGAAAUCCUGCAUUACGACGCUUCAUUUUUGUAAGAAGUGACUCAAGUAUCAUGUGACGUGUGAAGGGGACAUCCUCCCCCAGAUAUCCAUCCAAGCUGUUCUUUCCAUUCUGACUAAAACUAAGA